UUUAUCAAUACGGGAAAUUGUCGGGAAAUUGCUCCAUGUUGUUACGAUAAUUUCUUUCAUGACACUAGAUACUCCAAAGUAAUUUAAGUUCACACUCUACAAUUUAUAUUCAUCACCACCAACAAAAGCGUGUCUUUCUCCCACAUUUAUCAUUUGACUCUAGAUACUGUAAACUCUGCAAUUCAUAAUCAUCAAACCAAUUCAUUCACACAUCAUGGCUUCCCUCACAGAUCAAUUCAAGUACGAUGUUUUUCUCAGCUUUCGAGGUGAGGAUACUCGCUACGGUUUCACUGGCAAUCUCAAGAAAGCUCUAGAUGACAAAGGAGUUCGAACUUUCAUGGAUGACAAGGAGAUUAAAAAAGGCGAAGAAAUCACACCAUCACUUCUCAAAGCAAUUGAAGACUCCAAGAUGGCCAUCGUUGUCCUCUCUAAGAAUUAUGCUUCUUCCUCCUUUUGCUUACAAGAGCUUUCAAAGAUCCUUGAUACGAUGAAAGAUAAGGUGGUGGAUCGUUCCGUUUUGCCGGUUUUUUAUAAGGUGGAUCCUUCUGAUGCAAGAAAGUUGAAAAGCAGCUAUGGAGAAGCACUGGCUCAACAUGAGAAAAGGUCAAAUAGUAACAUGGAUUUGUUGCAGAAAUGGAAGAAUGCUCUAAACCAAGUUUCUAAUUUAUCCGGCUUUCAUUACAAGAAAGGGGAUGGGUACGAGCAUGAGUUUAUUGGAAAGAUUGUUGAACAAAUCUUAAGAAAUACAAAACCCGUUGCAUUACCUGUUGGUGAUUACCUAGUUGGACUGGAGCACCAAAAGCAACAUGUGACUUCGCUUUUGAAUGUUGGGUCUGAUGAUACUGUCCACAUGGUAGGGAUCCAUGGGAUUGGUGGAAUAGGGAAAACUACUCUUGCUCUAGAAGUUUAUAAUUCAGUUGUCUGUCUAUUUCAAGGUUCCUGUUUUCUUGAAAAAGUUAGAGAAAAUUCUGAGAAAAAUGGGUUGAUAUAUCUCCAAAAGAUCCUUCUGUCUCAAAUUCUUGGAGAGAAGGACAUGGAGUUAACAAGUGUUGGACAAGGAAUGUCAAUAUUACAACAAAGGCUCCGCCAAAAGAAGGUUCUUUUGCUUCUAGACGAUGUUGACAAUUUGGAGCAAUUAGAGGCCGUUGCUGGAAGAUCUGUUUGGUUUGGACAAGGCAGCAGAGUCAUCAUUACGACUCGAGACAAAAGGUUACUAACAAGGCAUGAGGUUGAAAGAACAUACGAAGUGAAGGGAUUGAAUGAUAAAGAUGCUUUUGAAUUGGUGGGAUGCAAAGCUUUAAAAAACAAAUAUAGUCCAAGCUAUAAAGAUAUGUUAUUAGUUGAAAAUUAUGGAAGACAAUUAGUGGAUGUGAACGACCAAGUUUAUUCAGGUUACACGCAUGUUUUAAAACGUGCCGUAGCAUAUGCUUCUGGCCUUCCACUAGCUUUGGAAGUCAUAGGUUCUCACUUUUUUAAUAAGACAGUAGAGCAAUGUGAAUGUGCACUAGAUCGUUAUGAAAGAGUUCCUCAUAAAAAGAUCCAAACAACACUACAACUGAGCUUUGAUGCUUUGCAGGAAGAAGAGAAGUCUGUUUUUCUUGAUAUUGCUUGUUGCUUCAAAGGAUGGAAAUUGACAAGGGUCGAAGAAAUACUUCAUGCUCAUCAUGGUGAUAUCAUGAAUGAUCACAUUAAUGUGUUAGCAGAAAAAUCUCUCAUAAAAAUAAGUGAGUCUGGUAAUGUGACAUUACAUGAUUUGGUAGAGGAUAUGGGGAAAGAAAUAGUUAGACAAGAAUCACCGGAAAAUCCUGGAAAACGUAGUAGGUUAUGGUCCUCUAAAGAUUUAAUUCAAGUUUUAGAAGAAAAUACUGGAACAAGUAAAAUUGAAAUCAUACAUUUGGAUUGUUCUAUUAGAGUAGAAUGGGAUGAAGAAGCUUUCAAGAAGAUGGAAAAUCUCAAAACACUAAUUUUUAGUAAAGAUGUUUCUUUUUCUAAAAAUCCCAAACAUCUUCCAAAUAGUCUAAGAGUGUUGGAAUGUCGCUAUCGCAAGUAUCCUUCAUCAAAUUUCCAUGUGCAAGAUGAAAAAUGCCAUUUUUUCAGUCACCAUACAUCAAAUCCAUUUGAGUGGAAGGGCUUAUUCAGAAAGAAGUUCAAGAAUAUGAGAAUUUUAAAUCUUCAGCAUAGUGAAGGUUUAGCAGAAAUACCUGAUAUAUCUGAUCUUUCAAAUUUAGAAGAAUUUUCAAUUCAAGAUUGUGAGGAACUAAUUACAAUUGAUAACUCGGUUGGUUUUUUGCGUAAACUUAAAACCAUGAGUAUUAGAGGUUGCCAUGAGUUAAGGAGACUUCCACCUCUCAAGUUGGAUUCGCUAGAAAAACUUGACCUUUCAAAUUGUUAUAUGCUCGAGAGUUUUUCAAGUGUGGCGGAUGGGUUGUUGGAUAAACUUAAAUUCUUGAAUAUUGAAUACUGCAUCAUGCUUAGGAGUAUUCCACGGCUCACGUUGACUUCUUUAGAACAUUUCAAUAUUUCAUGUUGUUAUAGUCUUGAGAGUUUACCAGAAAUAUUGGAAGAUCUGAGAAAUAUACCAGGACUUCGCUUGGAUAAAACUUCCAUAAAAGAAUUGCCGUCUCCAUGUAAUUGUGAAUAUUUUAGGUCACCAAAUAUAGCUGAUGUGAAGCCAAAACUGGUUGAAUUUGCCAUCCAUAAUGAAGAAAGAGUACUCCUGCAAUCUUCAAAUGUAAAGUAUAUUUGUGUGGGAAACUGCAAACUUUCAUAUGAAAAUCUGUCAAAAAUUCUCAUCUUGUUUUCUAAUGUGCAAGAAUUACACCUAACUAACUAUCAAUUCAAAGUUCUUCCUAAUUGUAUCGAAGAAUGUCAUUUUUUAUGGAAACUCGUCUUGGAUGAUUGUAAGGAACUUCAGGAAAUUAAAGGGAUUCCUCCACGCUUAAGAAUGUUAUCUGCACUAAACUGCAAGUCAUUGACUUCGUCGUGCAAAAGCAAAUUACUAAAUCAGGAAUUGCACGAGGCUAGAAACACUUGGUUUCGUUUGCCACGGGUGCCAAAGAUUCCAGAGUGGUUCGACCACAAAUGCUCGGCAGGAUUGUCAAUUUCUUUUUGGUUUCGUAACAAGUUUCCCUCCAUAGUUCUUUGUGUUGUUUCUCCAUUGACAUUGUGUUUUGGACAUCAGGGUGGUGUAAGAGUGAUCAUUAACGGCAAUAGAUUUGUCUAUACAUAUAGUUCGGUGAUACAUUGGAGAGCACAGCCCAAUAUGUAUCAUUUGCAUCUUUUUCAUAUGCAAAUGGAGAACUUCAAUGAUAAUAUGGACAAAGCACUUUUAGAAAAUAAGUGGAACCAUGCAGAGGUUUAUUUUGGUGUCUCUGCAUUCAUGUAUAGUGGAAUCCAUGUAUUGAAAGAUAAAAACAACAUGGAGGAUAUUCGAUUCACCAACCCAGCGAGUGAUGCUAACAUUGUGUUACACUCGGAAUGUUAAAAAAUAUUGAAUUUUUGUAUAUCCAACUCACCAAAUAUUGAAUUUUUGGAUGAAUCUGUGAAAGAAACUUCAGAUUUCUACUGUCAGAAGAUUCUCCACAUAGGACAUAAAUCAAUUGUAUGUCUAACUCCAAGGAAGAAAACCGAACCAUUAUUACCCAUCAAUUUCAAGAAUCCACAAACCCAGCUUUCCAAAAAAGUACAAUACCUUUGCUGAUUUGUGAAGUGAUAUGAGUUGUGCACUUAGAUUGUUUCAUCUGCGUUACUGUGUAAAAAGUCUCCAACUUUACAAAAUAUUUGCAUCAAGGUUGAAGUUCUUGCCAAGAGAAACUUCUCUUAUGCUCAUCUAGCACAGAUGGAGUAUAUACUUCCCAAAGGUAUAGAAAUUGAAAAGGUGGUUGUUGUUGAUAAGAAGAGCUUGUGUAUGAAGCCUGAUUUGAAGAUCACCUUGGUAUUUGACGCUGUUGAAGAUCACUCCGACCACAUUUCUAAAUCCAAUCUAAGUGAGUUCUAGAACUUCAUCGGUUGCGUCUGCGUUAUACAUCUGAAAAGUCCAAUGUAAUACUGUCAUUGUUUGGUAACAUAGUCAAGGGAUUGCAAAAUUCAAGAUUGCUAUUGUGGUGGCAUUUAGGUUUUCAUUCUCUACAUAGUACUCUGUGCUGUGAUUUGUGAUUCCAUAUGGUAGGUAGAUGGAAGCAUGUUAUAACUUAGCUGAAAAUGUAUCGAUGGUAAUAACAAGUGAAAUUGAAUUGUCGCUGAACACCUUACAUCUUUUAAACGACGCUUUUCUCAGAAGAAUGUUGCUAACGAGACUGAGCCAGUUCAGAGCUUUUCAUCAUCUGAAAACUGUCAUCCCAUGAAUCUGAGAGCCUAGGCAACCAAGAAAGUGAGUGAUUGUGUGAGUUUAAUGCAGAAAGAGGAAAGCAGUACACAAGAUCUCCCCUCCACAUUCUGUUAGCCACGCUCCUGAUCUGAAACUGGUUAUCCGAUGCAUCCAAACCAGAUUCUGGCUCAAUAUCAUUGAUAGAACUGGUUAAUUUUAUUGACUCAAUAUAUUUGGCUCAUUCAAAAGAACUUGAAUCACAAAAGAGGAACUCCUCCUAAAGAUACUGAUUAAAACAACAUUUAGAAGCAUUAACUAAGACCUAUAAUUAUUAAACUUUUAGUUAAGAGAAAUAAAUUUCAUUUCAAGCCAUGUUAAGA